AUGGACGUUGUUCUGGAUGUGCUGGACACUUUUGUGCUGGACCGCUUCUAUGCAUCCGUCCUGCCGGAUACAACCUCCCGCAAUGCGACAGAUAUCGACUUCAAGCCUCUGCUCAAUCGCCAUGUUGGGAUAUACUAUAGCUUAGAACCUUCGCCGUGGGCCGAGUCCAGCCUCUGGAAACGAGACGAUCUGCUCAGACAGGGCACCUCGUUCUUCCUGAUUGCCCUGGUAUUCGCUGUCUUAAUGUACCUAGUGGGGAGCUUUGUCCUCUACCAUACCAUCUUCGACAAGCGGAUGCUCCAACACCCGCGCUACCUCCCCAACCAAAUCUCCCAAGAGAUAAAACAAGGAUUGAGCGCCAUCCCGGUGAUAUCGGUACUCACAGCGCCCUUCUUCAUCCUCGAGACCCGAGGGUAUUCCAAACUAUACGACUUCGCCAGCGAGUCGCCAUUCUGGGGCUACACUCUCCUCCAAUACCCCCUCUUCAUCCUCUUCACCGACAGCUGCAUCUACUGGAUCCACCGAGGGCUGCAUCACCCGCUUGUCUACCGCUGGCUGCACAAGCCACACCACAAAUGGGUGGUGCCCACGCCGUAUGCGAGCUAUGCGUUCCAUCCGUUGGACGGAUUCGCACAAAGUCUGCCGUACCAUGUAUUCCCGUUGCUCUUCCCGCUGCAGAAGUGUGCUUAUCUGGGGCUGUUCAUGUUUGUGACGCUGUGGACGGUCCUGAUUCAUGACGCGGAGUAUCUGUCCACUUCGGCGAUUAUUAAUGGGGCCGCUUGCCAUACGAUGCACCAUCUUUACUUCAACUAUAACUACGGGCAGUACAUCACCAUAUGGGAUCGGCUCGGUGGGACAUACCGUACGCCUGAGGAAGAUGAGUUCGUCAAGGACCAGAAGGAGGGCAGUUCGAAGCAAGCUGCGAAAAAGAUUGAUUGA